AGCAGCUUGCUCUCUCCCUAGUCUGCUCAUCCAGUGUCCUGUGUACUUUGAGUGAGAUGCUGGGAUAUCACUGGAGAAUGGAAGUAUGCAACCAGGAAUUAAACACUGCACAGAGAAUUUGCUUUCGAGUCUGGACCUGAUUCUACAUUUUCUAAUUUGUUCAAUUGAAAGAAGUUAGACCAAAAUAUUUUGAUCAACGUAUGUGGGAGAAGGGAGGUGGAACAAACAAGAGACAAGAGCUGAUUAGACAGCAGCUCGUGUCGCCAGAGCAGCUCUAGCUGCUAAGUUAACUUCAGUUGAGCUCUUUUUUUCUGGUAACAAGGGCACAAUGAUGGACAACCGUUUUGCUACAGCACUGGUAAUUGCUUGUGUUCUCAGCCUCAUCUCCACCAUCUAUAUGGCAGCUUCCAUUGGCACUGACUUUUGGUACGAAUACCACACCCUUUACCCAGCUGAGAAUGUCAGUGAAGCUGGUAGGAGCAUCUGGGACGAAUUUGUCAGUGAAGAGGCAGAUGAGAAGACCUACACAGACGCGCUCUUCCGGUGUAAUGGCACAGUUGGGUUGUGGCGGAGAUGUAUCACUGUACCCAAGAACUCUCACUGGUACAGCCCACCAGAAACAGAUAUGAUUACAAACUGCAUCAGUUUUUCCCUCUCUGACCAGUUUAUGGAAAAGUACAUAGAGCCUGGAAAUCACAAUAGUGGCACGGAUUUAAAUCGAACUUAUCUCUGGCGACUGCAGUUUCUUCUGCCCUUUGUCAGCCUUGGCCUCAUGUGUUUUGGGGCUCUGAUUGGGCUCUGUGCUUGUGCCUGUCGCAGCCUCUACCCUGCCAUUGCCACUGGAGUCCUCCAUUUCCUAGCAGGGCUUUGUACACUGGGCCUCGUUGGCUGCUACGUAGCUGGGAUUAAGCUGCUCCAUGACAAGCUGCCCCUGCCUAAUGAUGUGAGGGGUGAAUUCGGCUGGUCCUUCUGUCUUGCCUGUGUCUCAGCACCUUUGCAGUUUAUGGCAGCUGCUCUUUUCAUCUGGGCAGCUCGUACCAACAGAAAGGAAUUCACUCUCUUGAAAGCGUACCGUGUAGCAUAAGUGCUGCUGCUGAAGUACUGGGUUUCCAUGUUAUAGCCCCUGCUGUCCUUAACCCUUAUGACUUUUUUCUUUUAGUCAGGAUUUUACCUUGUACUCUGUGUGCUUCUUGCCAGUUGAGACAAUUUAGCCUACAGGCCCUGAAGACAAAGACCUCUGGGUUAAAUGACCAAACUCUGCCAGAAGUCUGCAGAACUUGAACAGGUUUUUUAAUUGUUGGGGUUUGCUUUUUUUAAAGAAUCACUAUUAUUUUUUAAGCUCCAAUUGGUUGCUGACUAUCCCCUUGGUUAGGCGUACAUGCCCCCUCCUAAUUUUAUUACCCUGUCAGCCUGAAGGAAAUAGGAGUGGUGGUGUGGGGUGGAAGAGACAUAGGAAACGAUGCAGGUAUAGGAAGAAUUGGAACCUCGGUGCACAAAUAAUAAUCAGGAGCUGUCCGCUGUGUGACCCAAGCAGGCAGGACAUACAUAAAGCACUCAAGAGACAUGGGGGAACUCAUAAACCUCUGUUGUGGAAAUACUGUAGCUCGAUCAGCCCUGUAGCGUAGCUUUGGGUCUCUUAUUCCCGCUAGCUAGUUACUUCCUUUGGCUCCUGCCAGAACUGAUGGUAGGCAGAGCAGCUGGCUGUGAGAGAGCCUGCACAGCACAGCACAGCAUGCUGAAUGCAGCCUAUGUGUUCGCUUGUGCCAGGGAAUGGGAUAACUUGGCCCACAUGGAGCUUUGUGCUGUUCUAGCUACACUGCUUCCAGGACCCAGGCUAGUUUGGUAUCUGCGCUACCUGUGGUUGUACCCUCUGAUCUUAACUUGUGGUGCUUUUGCUUGCUGUGAAAUAAGGUUUUCCUCUCUCUUGUUGUGUUGAAAGUGACCCCUCACGAGUUUUUUAGUUUUAAUUUGGUUUAGUGUAUGUGUGUAUAUGUACAUAUAUAAACUUAACUAUUUUAAAGCUCACCUGUUUAUCCUGUAUAACACACAACAGUUUUUUUUUAAAAGGUGCUGCUCUUUUCCCACCUUGCCCCAAAAGUAUUGUUUAAAUGAAAUAAUAAUAAUUAAAAAAAGACUCAAAAAUG